UUUACGGCUGGCGUGCCGCCAUUUUAAUGUAGGAGAACACAAGAGCUUGCCUGCCACGGUACACUGUACCGCCUCGCUUUGUAUUUACAGCUAAAACUCUCUCAACUGUGAACUAGUGUGAACGAGCAGGACAGGCCGUGCGUGCUCGGCGUCGUCCGCUUCAAACUGGAAGUUUUGUGAAGACACGGGUCGAUUUAACAGCGGGUCGAGAUGACUCAGUUUUUACCGCCCAAUCUGCUGGCCCUGUUCGCCCCGCGCGACCCCAUACCGUUUCUCCCGCAGCUCGAGAAGCUGCCGCACGAGAAGCACCACAACCAGCCCUACUGCGGCAUCGCCCCCUUCAUCAGGCACUUCGAGGAUCCUCGAGAUGCCCCUCCGCCCACACGGGCAGAGACCCGGGAGGAGCGGCUGGAGAGAAAGAGACGAGAGAAGAUUGAGAGGAGACAAGCCGUCGUGGAGACAGAACUCAAGCAGUGGGAUCCCCAUAAUGACCCAAAUGCACAAGGGGAUGCUUUCAAGACAUUAUUUGUUGCGCGAGUGAACUAUGAUACAACAGAGUCCAAGCUUCGCCGAGAGUUUGAGGUCUAUGGCCCCAUCAAACGGAUCUACAUAGUGUACAACAAGAGGACUGGAAAGCCAAGGGGCUAUGCGUUUAUCGAAUAUGAGCACGAGCGAGACAUGCACUCUGCCUACAAGCAUGCUGAUGGUAAGAAGAUUGAUGGGAGGAGGGUGCUGGUGGACGUGGAACGAGGACGUACCGUCAAAGGAUGGCAUCCCCGCAGACUAGGUGGUGGACUGGGUGGCACAAGGAGAGGUGGCGCUGAUGUCAACAUCAAGCACUCUGGCCGAGAUGAUGCAUCUCGUUAUGAUGACCGCUCUCUGGGAGGUGACCGGGAUCGUGGAGACCGGCGGGAGCGCAGCCGGGACCGUGACCGGGAUAAGGACAGAGACCGCCGGAGGUCUCGGUCCCGUGAUCGGCGUCGUCGGUCCCGCUCCCGCGAGAGAGAAAGAGAGAGAGACAGGUCAGCCAUUGUGGCAUCGGGAGCGGAUGAAGGCAGCGGAAGCAGCCGCCGUAGAGAUCGAGAAAGGGAACGUGGGGGCGCUGCAGGAGGAGACAGCAGGAGCAGGGAGAGGAGUCGGGACAGAGACAGGAAGAGACGGAGCAGGAGCCGAGACCGAAAGAGAGACAGGGAGAGAGGCAAAGGGCUGGAUGGGGAGGAGGCUGCCCAGGGAGACGCCACCAUGGAGGGGGUGGACCGGAUGCCUGAGGAGCAUGAAGGAGAGGAAGUGGGUGAGGGCAUGGAGGAGCGCAGCAGAGAUAGAGACAGGGACAGGGACAGAGACAGAGAGCGCAGGCGCAGCCACAGGGACAGGGACAGAGACAGAGACAGGCGUAGGGGAGACAGAGAGAGAGACAGGGAGCAUAAGAGAGAGCGUGGAGACAGGGAGAGGGGAGGAGGGGAGCGCAGAGAAGAGCGCCACACUUCUCUACGAGAUGACAUGGGCCCGCAGGAUGACAUGGGCAAUGGGGAUGAUGGAGAUACAGGACCACCCAUGGACGAGUACAGCCAGGACGGGAUGAUGAUGGACCAGGAGUCAGUACAGUCUGGAGAGGGAUACGGCUCCAAUGAGAACGGCUACAAGAUAGAGGCACAGGGAGAUGAAUACUGAGCCGGCUGCCUCUCUUUUAUUAAACAGACUCUACUCUCAUACAUAAAAUGUAUGAUGCUGUAUUGAUUUAUUUGCCCCCUUACUCUGAUUGCCACUGGGUCAUUCAGGCAUAGCAACUGCAAGUCAUUUCAGGGCCUCAUCAGUACCAGUACUGCGGCUGUACAUCCAUCCUUCACUAUCUUCCAUCAUGAGCCAUUAUCUCAAGACAGGCAGGGCUUUGCCACUUUGCCUAACUAAUCUGUGCCACCAAAAGUUCCGAGUGUGUUGUAGAGAUUUAAGCUUGGCUGUUGUAAUUUUAUUGGGGGGCAGGGGUGAAUAAGAAGGAACUGUUAGGCAUCAGUGAGUAGUCUUUAUAUAAGUGCAUAAUCUUGUGAGGCUUUAGCCCUGUAUGUUUUGUUUCAUUUUUGGAGAUUUUUGUGCGAUUUGUCUAUUUUUUUUUUUUCUUUACUGAAACGAUAGAUUGCUUUCUUAUUUGAAUCCCUAUAGUCAUUCAUUGCUGCUCAGUGUAUAUGAAACUGAAGGAGAUGUAGCGUUGCAUGAGCAGGAGUGGACUGGUUAACAGUUUUCACACUGUAAAACAAAAUUGACAAUUUCUCUGUUCAGCAUCUGUAUUCUGUUCCAAUAAAAACGUUUUUUUUUAUGUA